UAAUGGCCAGAAAGUCAGCAAGGACCCCAACAGGAAGAGAUGUCAUCCUUUCGCACCGGCGCGGAAGCAGAUGUAGGAAAGAGUUUCCGGGUCAAAGAGUUGUUUGGUGGAGAGCUGGUGUGUCUGUGCGGUCUCUGCGUGCAGAUUCUAAUAACCAUGCCAAAAGUAAAGCGGAGUAGGAAGCCUCCUCCAGAUGGAUGGGAGCUUAUAGAGCCUACGUUAGAUGAACUGGAUCAGAAAAUGAGAGAAGCGGAGACUGAGCCUCAUGAAGGAAAGAGGAAGGUGGAGUCUCUUUGGCCAAUCUUCCGUAUUCAUCAUCAAAAAACUCGCUAUAUAUUUGAUCUAUUCUACAAGAGAAAAGCUAUAAGCAGAGAGCUAUAUGACUACUGUAUCAGAGAAGGGUAUGCCGACAAGAACCUGAUUGCAAAAUGGAAGAAACAGGGAUAUGAAAAUCUGUGCUGUUUGCGUUGCAUACAAACCAGAGAUACAAACUUUGGAACAAAUUGUAUUUGUCGAGUCCCCAAGGGCAAACUUGAAGUGGGGAGAAUUAUUGAAUGCACACACUGUGGCUGCAGAGGAUGCUCUGGAUAAAGACUUCUAACUCCUUCAGAUGUAGAUUCCAGACUAUUUUAAGAUGAUUGUCUUUAAAUGUUUUGUGUGCCUGCUUUGUGACUAGUUUUCAUUUUUUUCAAGUGUAUAUUAAACAUGCCUAUAAUACAA